ACGCGAUUCGAUGAGUUACGCUCUCUGAGAGAGCAGGUUACACUCUCUCUCUCAGAGAGCGUCACUACUGGUUUUCGGGGUUGAAGAGAGCUGCCUACGUGCAGCGAGAUCACUGUCAUUCGAGCGAACAAAUUGUAAAGACGUGUGUGUAAAAGUACUUAAGAAUAAAUAAAUAUUUAAUAAAACAUCCUGUCACAAACUUCAGAAGUGGGAUUGGGAAAAAAAUUUCCCCCAACGCCAGUGUGAAUAAAAUGGAUUUAAACAUUAGUGACAUAACAGUGGUACAAUUAAAACGGUGGUUGGAGGUGCUGAAAUUGUCGACAAAGGGAACGAAGAACGAGCUGUUUGCGCGGCUAGCCAAAGUUCCGGUAGAAGUUCGAGGAAGCGCUCCCGAAAAUUGUACCGAAAUGGAUCAACAAAUUUUGCAGCCGGACGUGGAGUCCCGUGAGCUGGACAUGGAAAGCGGCGAGGAGAUGCAGAUCGAAGUUCAGACUCUGGAAAAUUUGCGUGUCGAAAUUGCAAAGGCACAGAAAAAGCUGGAAAAUUUAAAUCGCCAGAUCGGCAACGAAGACACGGAGAAUGAAGGAGGCGAAAAUGCGCAACUGAGGAACAGAGACGGCAACAGCAGUUCCGAGAAUUUGGAGCAGAGCGUUAGAAGCUUCGAGAACACACAGCGUGGCGAUGACAGAGACGGCGAGAUAGGCGGCGGUAGAAGCGGCGGCAGCGGCGAUGACAGAGACGGCGAGAUAGGCGGCGGUAGAAGCGGCGGUAGAAGCGGCGGCAGCGGCGAUGACAGAGACGGCGAGAUAGGCGGCGGUAGAAGCGGCGGCAGCGGCGAAGACAGAGACGGCGAUAUGAGCGGCGGCAGAGGUGAAGGCAGAGAUGGAGAUAAAAACGGCGACAGACGCGAAGAGCGAGACGGCGAUAGAAGCGGCGUCAGAGGCAAUUCUGGCGAAAUUGGUGUGCAGCAAAACGGAGACAGAUUUGAAACUAGCGGCUUGUUGUCACCCGGCUUUAACAUGGCCAGGGAAAUCUUAAUGGAUUUCACUGAGAAAGUGUCUGUGCGGUCGUGGAUUGCGCAAUACGAGAAUAUAUCAGCGUUAUAUUCUCUGUCAGACAUGCAGCGACGUGCUUUGCUGAUCAGCAAAUUGAAGGGAAAUUCGUUGGAAUGGAUGCAUGCUGAUGCAGGGCGGUUUGCGAAGCCUGUUAAUGAGUUGCUGGAACAACUCAAGUUGGCGUUUGGAGGCAUCGAGUCCAAGUCUGUCCUACGUCGCAAGUUCGAAGCGCGUAGUUGGUCUCCAAAUGAGCAGUUUGCCACAUACUUUGGCGAGAAAUGCAGACUGGCUCGAGAUGUCGCAAUGGACGAGGACGAACUACUGGAUGGGCUCGUGGAGGGCAUUCCAGUACUUAGCUUGCGUACACAGGCCAAGCUCCAAUGUUUUGAUGGCCCGGAGAGGAUGCUGAGGGCGUUUGCAGACAUUAGGCUCCCAGCAAAGGGGCCAGCCAUGGCGAAAUUGGCGGCAGCGAAGGCGGUUCCAGCGAGCAGCGAGACUCGUUGCUUCAAUUGCAACGCGAAGGGGCACUGGAAGAGGGAGUGCACUAAGCCAAAGAGGUCGCCAGGUUCGUGCUACGGAUGCGGCGCAGAGGAUCACCGGAUUGCUGAAUGCCCCGGAAAUAAGAAGAAGGCAGAAAACAAUUAUAGUGCCAAAUAGAUUCGGGAAGCCCAGUUUCAUUUAUUAAGCGUUCAUAUGUACCAGCGAAUAUUAAAUUAGAACCUCAAGAAGAGAGUUAUUUUGGAAUAAACAAAAGCUUAUUGAAAAGUUUUGGAAAAAUAUUAUGCUUUAUAUAUA